AUGACCGGUUCACCGAACGGCGUCCCCGCUCCGACGGAGACGUCUCCCCUCCUUCGAGCCGUCGACCCGGAACCCGCCACCGACGGCGCCGUGCAAGAUGACGGCGCCGGCCGGAACGACAAGCGGGACGGCAACCCCGAGAUGGCCAAGAAAAUGCACCUGCUGCUCCCGGCCGUCGGUAUCGGCAUCUACCUUUGCGCCGUCGACCAGCUUCUCACCGUGGCCACCUACGCCAAGAUCGGCAGCGAGCUGCACGCUCUAAAUAACACCAGCUGGCUAGCAACGGCCUACUUCAUCACACUGACAAGCUUCCAACCCCUCUACGGCAAACUGUCCGACAUCUUCGGCCGCAAGGAAUGCCUUCUCUUCGCUUACACCAUCUUCGCAAUCGGCUCUCUGGGCUGCGGCCUCGCCCAGACCUUCCCGCAGCUCUGCCUCGCCCGCGCCGUCGCAGGCAUCGGCGGCGGCGGCAUGAACAGCGUCGUCGUCAUCCUCAUGUCCGACAUCGUGCCCCUCCGUGACCGCGGCGUCUGGCAGGGCUACAUCAACAUCAUCUUCGCCUCGGGCACCUCCACCGGCGCGCCCCUCGGCGGCCUGCUCGCCGACUCCGUGGGCUGGCGCUGGUCCUUCAUCGGCCAGGUCCCGCUGUGCGUCGCCGCCUUCCUGGCCGUCUACUUCGUCCUCGACCUGCCCAAGACGGACCACGGCCACUGGCGGGAGAAGGUCGCCAAGAUCGACUUCCUCGGCGCCGCGUGCCUAGUCGCCGCCGUCAUCGCCCUGCUCGUCGGCCUCGACGCCGGCUCGAACCGCGGCUGGUCCAACACCGUCACCAUCGCCGGCCUCGCCGCCGCGCCCGCCCUCUUCGCGAUCUUCGUCCUCGUCGAGAUGCGCGUCGCCAGCAACCCCUUCGCCCCGGGACACAUCAUCUUCGACCGCUCCCUCUUCGCGGGCUACCUGACCAACUUCUUCGGCGUCGCCGCCCACAUCGCCUCCAUCUUCUUCCUCCCGCUCUUCUUCCAGGCCGUCCAGGGCGCCUCGGCCACGCAGGCCGGCGCGUUCCUGGUCCCGGCCAUGGUCGCCUCCGUCAUCGCCUCCGUCGGCAGCGGCGUCAUCAUGAAGCGGACGGGGCGGUACUACGCGCUCACGGUCGCGGCCUUCGGGCUGAUGUGCCUGGCGGUGGUACCCACUGUCGCGGCGCUGUGGGCGCGGUCGACGCCGGGCGUGGUGGCGAGCAUGGCGCUGCUGGCGCUCGGCGGCGGGGCGGGCAUCACGACCACGCUAGUGGCCUUGCUGUCCAACGCCGCGGUGCAGGACACGGCCGUCGUCGUGGCGUGCUCGUACCUCUUCCGGUCGCUGGGGUCGAGCAUCGGCAUCAGCGUGUGCUCGGCGGUGCUGCAGCAGGUGUUGCGGACGCAGCUGAGGGUGAGGCUGAGCGACGGGGAGGAGGCGAGGAGGGUCGAGGAGAGGGUGAGGGAGAGCCUGGAUUAUAUCCGGGAGCUGGAGCCCGGGGUCGCGGCGGAGGUCAGGGCGAGUUAUCAGGUUGCGACGUUAGGGGCCAUGGUUCCCAUGACGGUGUUCCUGGUGCUUGCUUUUGUGGCUACGUUGUUCAUUCGGGAGAAGGCUCUGAGCAGGUAG